AUGCAAACUCGAAUAUCAAAAGAUCAAAAUGCAAAAAUUCAUCAAGAUUCCAGUCAAAUAAAGUCUUCUUUUCGUAAUAAUACUACAUUAAAUACUGCUAGCAAUGAUUUCGAAUCAGUAAUUAAAUUAGUUGAACCCGAAAUUGAUUUAUAUGCAUGUCUCAUCAAUGAACAAUUCCAUUCAUUAGAUUUGUAUAAACGAUUAAAAACGGGUAAUAAUUUAUCUCAUUGUUCAAAAACAACCACUGAAGCAGGUGCCUAUAAAACAUCAACAAUGACCAAAACCUGCACAGGAAAUGGAAAUCUUUUAUUACAACAAACUGAAGUUGAAACGUGGGUGAUCAAAGACAAAGCUAAAGGCAAUUAA